UCAUUUGCUAUGUGACUGUAUAUGAUGAUAAUGAUCAUCAUCAUCAUCAACUAUUCGCUAUUCGACAUCAGCAGCAAAUGAUAAUGAUGAUGAUGAUGAUGAUGAUUUGGGAAAUGAAUGAAUUGAACAUACGAAGCAAGAAAAAUGAAUGCACUACCAAGAUGCAAGAAAAAGGCAUAAUUUCUUUUCGUUUUUGUUUGGGUUUUUCAUUUCAUUUUGUAUUUGACGCUGGUCCUGUACACAUCGAUUCAAUUUGACGAUUCUACCAUCGUACAAAGUGGAAACCGAUGCAUACACACAAAUUGAUACGUUUGAUACGGGCACGACCCAUGUUAUACAACUUUGAAAUGGAAGAUUACAAUAAUAAGUUGAUCGCUGAACGUAAAUGGUCUGAGAUUGCUAUUGAAAUGAAUGCUUCCGUUAGCGAAUGUAAGACCAAAUGGAAUUCGUUGAGAACUGCAUUUAAUACAUACCUGAACAAAUUGAAACGAAUGAAGAAACCCCGCACCAAAUGGAUUCAUGCCGAUGAAAUGGCUUUCCUCAAACAAUACCUUAAACGCAAUCGUUAUUCGGCUUCUGCUUCGAUACAUUCCAACGAAAACAAUAAUUCCAUUCAUCACUUGUCCGAUAAGGACAUACUUUCGACGACUGAUGCAGCAUUUCUAAUGACAUUGACAACAAUGAAAUCGGAUGAACACGAUUUAUCGAAUUCGAAUCACAGUGGAAGUCAUGUCGACUAUUAUGACAUGAAUGGACAAACACCGUCGCCAACACAUUCCAUAAUGAAUCUAUCGAUGACAACAAAUCGUGCCAGAUCUAAUUCUAUCUCUUCAUUUGAUCGAGUAACCACUCAACAAUUGGUUAACAAAUCAAAUGUUACCUACGGCAAUUCGAAAAUUCUGGAGCCUAAUCAUGUAGACGUAGAAACCUGUGACGACAAUGACCAUGAAUGUCAAAAUGACCAACAGGAUGAUGAUGACGAUGAUAAUGAUCAUGAUGAUGAUAUGAGUGAAAUCCAACACCAUUCCAAGAGACAUAAACUUGUGGACAAACAAGAACUGGAUGGUGAUGAAGAAAAACGUUUGAAUAAUGUCAAGAUGGCCACCACAGUAUCGUCUACAUCGAAUAAAGGCGAGAAAAUGAAACGAAUCACAUUGGAGGCUCCAGAAUCGAUGCUUAUCUGUUUCGAUGUACAUCACCACAAUCACAGUCGACAUCAUCACAGCAACAAUCCAUCCAAAUGGACGCCAACAACCGUCGAAGAUGUGACAGGAUCCGAAAUGGACAUUUUUGCCGAUUACGUAGCGAUGAAGUUAAAAUCAUUCUCUGUGGCCAAUCGUUUAGAAACAAUGACCAAAAUCUGGCAUCUUCUAUCCGAAGCAACGUUGCGCCAAUACUCAACCACACCACCAGCAUUGGCCAAUUUAAUACCCAUUGUAGCAUCACAUUGUCCACCGGGAAGCACUAAUCUGACACCGCAAGACUUACGUUAACUAAACACUGGUAUUAUCAAUAAUAAUCAAUCCUUUUCCCCUCUAUUAUCUGUGAUAUAUAGCAUGUAUAGCAAUCAUAUUGUAAUUCCAUUAUUUGACGCUAAAUAAACUAGCCAAACUAUUUAUUCUUGGCCAUCUAUA